AUCCACGAUGUCUCCAGCAGACGCUGAGUACUGACGUGUACGACCAGUUGAGCAUAUAUAUCCGUAUACCAUGAGAGUAAUAAGUCUCGACGGAUACUUAGUCCUUUGAAAAUGAAGAUCCCUGAUCUUGAAGACUGAUAUUGGAGUCAAUAGUAGAUCUUGGCAACCUUUACUCCCUCUCACAUGAUACUAUUUUUUUCACCAUGGAGCUCGAUCCUCAUUUAACGCAACUAUUUAUCAACAAUAAAUAUGUUGACAGCCGUGGCCAGAAACGCGUGUCUGUAUACAAUCCCGCCACAGGUGCUCUAAUCAGCAACAAGAUCCCUGUUGCCGGAGAUGAGGACGUUGACGAAGCCGUCUGCCAUGCCAAUGAAGCUUUCAAACCAACCUCUCCCUGGCGUCAGAUGAGCCAUGACGAGAGAAGGGCAAUUUUGCUCAAGUUUGCAGAUCUCCUUGAGGCCAACCAAGAGCGCCUCGCUUAUCUUACGCGAUUGACUCUGGGAGCCCCUUAUCUUCCUUUUGGCAAAUCCGAAAUUGGCACAGCCAUUGGCUGUUUCCGCUAUUAUGCUGGGUGGGUUGACAAGCAUGCUGGCCAAAGUUUUCCCGCGGAUGAUGGCUUUUACAAGAUUGUUCGAAACGAACCACUUGGUGUUGUUGCAGGCAUUAUCCCAUGGAAUGGUCCAUUGGCCUCCGUUGGACUCAAAGCCGCCCCAGCGCUUGCGACGGGAAACGUCUUCAUCCUAAAGCCUAGUGAAAAGACACCACUGAUGGCUGCAGAGCUUGGAAAGCUCGUGCUCGAGGCCGGUUUUCCUCCUGGCGUCUUCCAGGUUUUGACCGGAGAUGGCUCAACGGGAGCAGCUUUAGCAUCACAUAUGCGAGUUGCAAAGGUAAGUUUUACAGGAAGUAUUCCCACAGGAAAGACGGUGCAAGUUUUGGCCGCCAAGAGCAACCUGAAGAGAGUGACUCUGGAACUUGGUGGAAAAAGCCCUGCUGUAGUCUUUGACGAUGCAAAUCUUGAGAAUGCGGUCAAGUGGGCUGUUAAUGCACUUGUUACCAAUUCGGGUCAGAUCUGCUUUGCAGCAACAAGAGUCUGCGUGCAAUCAAAGAUAUACGACAAGUUUGUCGAAGCUUAUGUGGCUCGUGUCAAAUCGAAAAACAAGGUUCUUGGUGACCCUGAAGCGUCGGGUAUUGAGAUAGGACCUGUUGUGGACAAGACUCAGCAUGAUCGAAUCAUGGGAAUUAUCUCUUCUGCAAAAGAAAACAAUGACGGAAAGGUCUUGGUCGGCGGACAAAAAAUUGGCGAAAAGGGUUACUUUAUCGAGCCGACAGUUUUCGCCGAUACAAACAAAACUUCAUUCAUUUAUAAUGAAGAGAUCUUUGGACCAGUGGCCGUCAUCAACAAGUUUGACACAGAGGAAGAAGUUCUCGAAGAGGCCAAUAACAGCAAAUACGGACUUAUGGCUGGAGUUUUCACUCAAGACAUCACUAGGGCGCUCCGUCUCAGCUCACUCAUUGAUUCUGGUGUUGUGGGGAUCAAUUGCAUCAGCACCAUCUCUUUUUCAUGUCCGUUUGGUGGGACCAAGGAGAGCGGACUUGGCCGAGAGAACGGAGAGCAGGCGUUGAGGGCAUACACUGAGCCCAAGACAAUUCUCAUUAAUAUGGCAAGUCAGGGCUAUUGAGUAGAUGAACUCAAUAAUGUCAAACUUGUGGUUGCUUCAUUUUGUACUCAACAAGGGGGUGAAAACAUCGAUAGGACUGGUCCUUUGGUACAUGGCGUCACGAAGGCUAGAUCGUGUUAGAAACUCAAGUUUAGGCCUUGCCUUGGGUUGAGUUACAGAAGAUUAGUCAGCACUCAGCGUAAAGUGGUUAGAGCCAGGACAGGG